AUGGGUGUCAGUGGCUCCAAAGCUCUGGGCCUGUGGCCUUUCGCUUCGGUGACUGGGGGUGGUGGCACGGAGGAGACGGUGGUCACUGAGCAAGCCUUGGUGCGGCUGUGAGGUCAAGUCGUGCCUCUGUUAAAAUUCACACACCAUGACUCCAUGUUCUAUGAUGAGGAUGGAGGUCUGGUUCACGAGUUCUAUGAGGAGACAAUCGUCACCAAGAAUGGGCAGAAGCGGGCCAAGCUGAGGCGGGUGUAUAAGAACUUGACUCCUCAGGGUAUCAUGAAGUUGGACCAUCCCCGCAUCCACAUGGAUUUUCCUGUGAUUCUCUACGAGGUAUGAGCCUGGGGGAUGGCAGGCAUAACUCCCCCGUCCAGACAAGAG